UACUCCAACCAAGCACGCCUCUGUCUCGUUCGUAGAAAUGGUUAUUUUACAGUCGUACGGGUUUAUAUGUGCAGUUCACUGUGGCUGUUUUGUUUCUGCUCCCACCACACUGAACAUCGAAGUUUGAUCUGAGUGCUGAGUUGUUGUUGUCUUCCAGAGGCUUGCUAGAAGAUCGUUCGUCUCCAAUGGAAUUUAGCAAGCAAGCAGGAAGCAAUAUAAGAGCAAAACAGUUGGAAAAUCGGAAGUUAAAACUUGCGUGAGUGCGGUGCCGUGCGGGUUGAUGGAAGAUGGUCCUCCCGAUUAUUUUGCUGCUUUUGCUAGCGGUCAACCCAAGCCAAGAAGCGGUCGAACCGAUCCUGCUCGACAAUGGCCUGUGUCCGGUGGCCCGGUGCGUGACGUACGAUGAGGUGAACACACUGUGGGCCGUCCCGGACGCGGCCUACUUCCAGCAGUGUCGGCGUGUGCCGACCGGUGGUUGGGCCCUCCAGCUAAUGCCCUGUGCCCCUGGCACGCUGUUCAGCUACAAGCAGCAGGUGUGCGUGUUGCCGGUGUACUGGAAGGGCUGUGCGGCGCUGCCGGAUGAGCAGCGGUGUGCGGCGCCACGGUGCGGCACGUACAAGGAGGUGAACACACUCUGGGUGCACGAAUCAUCGGACAAAUUCUACCAGUGCCGGAGGAUCAAUGGCACCUGGGCCCCGCUGGCGCUACCCUGUGCACCGGGCACCCUGUACAGCUUCAAGCAUCAGGUGUGCGUGUUGCCAUCUAUGUGGGAGGCAUCAUGUAACGAUGAGUAAGGUAGACAACUCGGGAGGGGGAAGGAGAGAGGAGAUUGUAUUGCAGAAGUAUUAUUUUAUUUGAAAAUUCUCAUUAUUUAUCAAAUUAUAGAUUAGAUUAACUAAGUAUAUCAAGAUGUAGAAAUAAAUAUGAGCCUUUUUAUCCACAAAUGAAGGUUU